AUGAACGAACAAUCAGAAAAAAACAAUUCCACUCAAGAGGGACACACAGGUCAAAAUUCUCCUGAAAAAAAUGGUCAAAUUGGACAAAAGCAACUGCAACAGAUAGAACGGCAGUUAAGAUGCUUGGCAUUUCAAAACCCUGGACCACAGGUAGCAGACUUUAAUCCCGAAACAAGGCAGCAGAAAAAGAAAGCUCGGAUGUCGAAGAUGAAUGAAUAUUUUUCUGUAAAAUGCAAAGUUGUGAAGAAGUAUGAUAAAAGUGGCAGGCUCAUCUGUAAUGAUGCUGAUCUGUGCGAUUGCCUGGAGAAGAACUGCCUGGGCUGCUUCUACCCCUGCCCCAAGUGUAACUCCAACAAGUGUGGGCCUGAGUGCCGCUGCAACCGAAGGUGGGUUUAUGAUGCCAUUGUCACCGAAUCUGGAGAGGUCAUCAGCAGGCUGCCGUUUAACAUUCCUGACUAGGAGCUGUUAUACAUAAGUGAUUUGUUUCUUCUUCACAUUGACGUCAGUCUCUUUUUCUGGGUGAUUUCUAUGGCUUGGGGGAAAAUGUGGGAAAAAUAUACUUGAGUCAUGUUAUCCAAGCUGUAGAACAAUAUAGAAUGGGCAGUAAUUCUAGAACCUUCUUACUGUGUC